GAGGCACCUACCUUAGUACAGGAACUCCUGCAAUCCUCAGGCGCACCCUGUGAGUCCACACCAUACUCAGACGAAAGCGCUGUGUACCUGGCCGAAAGCUUCGGCAAUGCAACACGCAUUGACUACGGCACAGGUCAUGAACUGACGUUUGUGUCGUUCAUGUGCUCGUUGGUAUUACUCGGAGCGGUGCCACAGAGUGACGCUAAGGGCUACGUGCUGCAUGUCUUCAACAGGUGGGAGAUGUAG